AGAUGGAUAUCUAGUCCAAAUAAAUACAUAUAUUCAGAACCACCCUUUUUAUCUUUUUCCUCGUUCAACUGCUUUUGCUUUGGUUGGAAGACCAAAACGGGAAGAAAGAUUACAGCGAUAAGAUACUGCUAGAUCUCACUCACUUUGCUGACCAGGGGCAGCCUUUGUUCAUCUGACCGGAACGAAACGACCUGCCCGUUGCCCCCUUCAUGUUUGCCUUGUCUUCAACUGAGAGAACGAGGCACUAUGUUUCCAAGAGAGAGAAACACUGCUUGAAGCUCUCUCUCUCUCUCUCUUUGUUUGCCUGUCGCAGCAUUGUCUUGUUCCACUUCAGAGUCACAUCUCACUUCCACGCAUUAAAGACUUAAAAGGGUUGCUUCUCUUUCUAGUUGGUUACUUGCAUAUUUACGGGGACUUUGUUUCCUUCUUCUUCUUACAUUUUUAAGAGUGAAACACAUUCACCUAUUUUGCUGCUUCUUUGAUUCUUUGUUGCUCUCAAGUUGAAAAGCUUAGCACCCGGAUGCGAGCCUGUUCUUGUUUCUACACACUCAAACAAAGAGAGAGAGGCUGAAAAUCGGAGAAAGGGGUUUCACAAGAAAGAGAAUUUUGUUUCUAAUUGUUGAGUAGCUCUUGGAGUACAACAUAGCAUACUUGAGGAGCUGUAUGAGGUAGAAGAUUAACAAUGAGAGAUGAGAAUUCCAAGAAAAGCAAGCUCUCAUGGUCGAAGAGAAUGGUCAGAAAGUUCUUCAAUGUCAAAAGCAAAGCUGAGGACUCCUACCAGUCAAAUGGUGUUGCUUAUGGAGGAGGUGACGUAGAAUACAGAAGCAGGAACAGCAGCUUCUCUGAGAGGGAGAUCAAAAAGAGCAAAACAGACAAGUUUAGCAGGAACACGGAGCAGGUUAGGCGAGGAAGAGUGAGUCUCGACCAUCCUCGAAUUAUUGAUGUUCAUAACUAUAGCAUUUUUGUUGCUUCAUGGAAUGUGGCUGGAAGAUCCCCACCAAGUAAUUUGAGUAUAGAUGAUUGGCUUCAUGCCUCGCCACCGGCAGAUAUUUAUGUUCUUGGAUUUCAAGAGAUAGUUCCCUUGAAUGCUGGUAAUAUCUUGGGCGCAGAAGACAACGGACCUGCCAAAAAAUGGCUAGCUCUCAUUGGAAAGACCUUAAACAACCUUCCGGGUACUAGUGGAGGUGGUGGGUAUUAUACACCAUCUCCAAUCCCUCAGCCAGUGGUAGAAAUAAAUGCAGAUUUUGAGGGAUCCGCUAGGCAAAAAAAUUCAUCAUUCUUCCAUCGCCGGUCGUUCCAGACAACUUCUAGCGGCUGGGGAUUGGACAAUGAUUCUUCAACUAUGCAGCCGCGACUAGAUCGAAGAUUCAGCGUCUGUGAUCGUGUGAUUUUUGGUCACAGGAAAAGUGACUUUGAUCCCAGCUAUAGAUGGGGUUAUAGGCCUAGUGACUAUUCCAGGGCAAGUGACUACUCCAGACCCAGUGACUAUUCAAGAUGGGGUUCAUCUGAUGAUGACAAUGGCCUUGGAGACUCGCCAAGCACAGUCUCACCACUGUCUUAUGGUGGACCUGCCUCUGCUGAAGAUGGAUAUGGAAUGCCAGGGCGUUCCAGGUACUGCCUUGUUGCAAGUAAGCAAAUGGUAGGAAUAUUUCUAACCAUAUGGGUGAGAAGUGAAUUGAAAGAUCAUGUGCGAAACAUGAAAGUAUCCUGUGUUGGCAGAGGAUUGAUGGGCUAUCUUGGAAAUAAGGGAUCCAUCUCAAUUAGCAUGUCUCUACAUGAAACAAGCUUUUGCUUCAUUUGUAGCCACUUAACCUCAGGACAAAAGGAGGGUGAUGAAUUAAGAAGAAAUUCUGAUGUGAUGGAGAUUCUUAAGAAGACAAGGUUUCCACGUGUACAUGAUGCUGACAAUGAGAAGUCUCCCGAGACAAUACUCGAGCAUGAUCGAAUUAUAUGGCUUGGAGACUUGAAUUAUCGGAUUGCCCUCUCCUACCGUUCUGCUAAGGCACUUGUUGAGAUGCAAAACUGGAGAGCAUUGUUGGAGAAUGACCAGUUGAGAAUAGAGCAGAAGAGAGGCCGUGCAUUUGUGGGAUGGAAUGAAGGGAAGAUUUAUUUCCCUCCAACAUACAAGUAUUCAACUAAUUCAGAUAGGUAUGCAGGAGAUGAUAUGCACCCAAAGGAGAAAAGGCGAACACCUGCUUGGUGUGACCGUAUUUUGUGGUAUGGAGAAGGUCUCCAUCAAUUAUCUUACGUCCGUGGAGAAUCAAGGUUUUCAGACCACAGACCGGUUUAUGGCAUAUUUUGGGCUGAGGUUGAGUCAAGUCAUGGAAGACUGAAGAAGAGUAUGAGCUGUUCUCGGAACAGAAUUGAGGUGGAGGAACUCUUGCCAUAUUCCCACGGAUAUACUGAACUAAGUUUUUUCUAAUGGAAUGAGGACUAGCUAUGGGAUUUCAGCACCUGGUCAACAAGAGGGAGUCACCUCACUUUGAAGAAUUUUAUCCGUGGAGACUGAUAGAGACAACCCAUUUCCCACAUACCGAAAAAGCCAUGCUAUGCCAUGCCUAACACAUGAUCAGUACACAGUUCCUCAUCAUCAUCUCGUUAGCCACUGUGCAAGUGUGCAUUGUUUGAUAGCCAAUUAACAAACACUCAACUUUACAAUGUCUCAAAACUCCGUACUUCAUUGGCAGUCUUGCACAAUCAUUAGGAGGCGGAAGGAGACCAUUUUUUAUUUAAUUAAUCAUUCUUUAAUUGUUUUUGGAGAAUAUUCAUGAUGACUGAAUGAAGCUGAAAAGAUCGUCAAAAUAAUCAUUAGGGUACUAACUCUUUUUUUUUGGUUUUAAGUGCAGAGAAAAUGAGAAUUUUGAUUAUACUCCACUUAUUGAUUGCUACAGUGAUGAAAAAGAAAUUGUACAAAAAAAAUCUUGUUAAUUAAUGAUAGAAUUCCAGAGCCUCCACUCCUUAGUUCCUGACUCUGUCCACAUGAUUAAUAAUUUUACUGAUAAAGGGUCUUUGAUAUCAAA